AUGGAGGUGAGGGAGGCGUUCGAGAUCCAGCAGACAGCGAGUUACAUCGUGACACAUGGCUUCUCGCGCGUGUGCCUUCAGUUCCCCGACUCGCUCCUCCCGCACGCCGUCUCCGUCCACGACGCGUUAAGAGCUGAAUGCGCCGCGCUCCUUAGCAGCCAGCAUCAUGGUGCUUAUAACGGGGACAGUGAGACCGAGCCGCUACCUGAGGCUCCACCUGGCACCACCCCCGAGGCUAAUGUCGUCGAUUCACGUCAAGAGAUUGCAUCCCAGAGAACGAGCGAUCUGCCCGAGAGCAAUCAGCAUGAGAGAAAAGAGCAUGGGUCUGGGUUUCCGGGUUUUACGGAGGGUCAAGGAAGGAAGCAGUCGGAGGAGGCAGGUGUAGCUGGAUUGGAAGCGCAUCUGCCGCCGCCGCAACUUGCGGCGAGCCAGUCGGCGGGACAUGCGGCGGAUCAUCCGCGUCGAGACGUGCCGCAUUUCUACGUUUUGGCUGACGCGGCAACCGCCACGUGCAGCAGCUGCUGCGUGGAUGAGGUGUCACCGUGCCACGUCAGCGCUGACUGUAUCGUCCACUACGGCCACGCGUGCAUGUCGCGCCGCCCGGCGAGGUUCCCCGUGCGCGGAGAUUCCCCCCCGCGCGCGCCCCCCCGCGUGGUGCUGGUGCUGUUCGCGCUCGAGUUCGCGCACGCCGCGGACGACUUUGCGCUCGCUCUUGGGGAAAGCGGUGGAGCGGAAGCGGCGGAGGCAGAGGGGGAGGGGGAGGGGGAGGGGGAGGGGGAGGGGGAGGGGGAAGAAGUGCGGUAUGUGGUGGCGCAGGUGCGCGAGAGGGAGGUGGAACCGGAGGAAAGGGGGAAGAGUGGCGGUGCUGACACGUGUCGCGCCGUGAGUGGCGGGUGCUGUAGCGGCGGUGCCAGAGGGGAGACUGACAGAAGCGCGUGCUGUGGGGGAGCGACAGACAGGGGCACGUGUGGUGAAGAUAUUCCUUCCAAUGCUGCUGCUGCUGAUGGUGGUACUGCAUCUUCAGUCGCUGCCACUAUCCAUUCUUCUGCCGCCCAGUGUGCCGCUCAGUGUGCCGCCCAGUGUGCCGCCCAGUGUGCCGCCCAGUGUGCCGCCCCUGGCACUCCUUUCGAACACGGCGGCCUGCGGUGGGUGCUGCCGCCCAGGUCAAGCAUGGCUGCAGAAGCUGGCCAAAGCAGCAACCCACACAGCAAAGAGGAUGCAACAACGGAAGCACCGGCAACAGUGGGGGUGACAGUGGUGGUGUGGGUGGGAAGCAGCGACGAAUGCCCAUCUCUCAUCACUCUCGCUCUAGAGCACAACCAGACACCCAUCCUCAGACUUGACCCCACCCAGCUACCUCCUGCUGCUGCUGCCGCUGCUGCUGAAGCGGCCACUGCUGAUACUACCGCUGACAGCACCAGCACCACUGGGGAAACCCCUUCUCCUUCCCCAACCCCUACUCCCCCCAGCACCGCCCCUCUCUUCCACCCGGUGGACCACUCCCGCCUGCUGCGCCGCCGCUACUUCCUCGUGGAAAAGACCAAAGACGCGUCUAUAAUCGGCAUCGUCGUCAUCUCCCAAUCCGCCGGCGCUGCUGCCGCCUCCACCCGCGCGACGGUCGCUGCGAUUCGAUCCGCGGCGGUGGCUGCAGGGAAGAAGGCGUACGUGAUUGCGAUCAGGCGGCGGAUCACGCCCGAGAAGCUCGCAAAUUUCCCUGAGUGUGAUGUGCUGGUGCUGGUGGCGUGUGCGGAGGGGGUGCUGCUGGAUGGCAUGGGGCAGGGCAGCAGCGGGAGCGGUGGCGGUAGUGGUGGCAGCAGCGGUGGCGGGAGCAGGGCGUUUUAUGCGCCGGUGGUGACGCCGUUUGAGGCGCUGAUGGCGCUGGAAGAGGGGCGGGAGUGGACGGGGGAGUAUCGGAUGCUGCUGGAUGGUGCUGGGGUGGGAGCUGGAGGAAGUGGAGCAGGGGUGAGGAAGGGAGAGGCAGGGUCAGGGGAAGAAAAUGGGGAAGAUGGGGAUGGUGGGGAGGAUGUGGCUCCUCGAUUCUCCUUUGUGAAAGGAUUGCUGGUAUCCCAUGCCCCUCACAAGGUACCAUCGUCAGCAGCAGCACCUUCAGCGCAAGCAGCAGCAGCUGAAUCAGAUCAAUCAGCAUUGGCCGUCCGGCAGGACAUGGCUCUGUCAGCUGUGCCUGUGUCGUCGGACUCCUUGGCCCUAGCUCGUGCGUCCGGCCAAUCGGGGUAUGCCACAUCAGCAGCGGUAGAGGCACGGUCUGGGUCGGAGUUCCUGGCGCUGCGGCGUGACUAUAAGGGGCUGGAGGUGCCCUGGUUCAUGGCUCCUGGUGGGACGCCGGGGGGGGCGUCUGGGGAAGGGGGAGGGGAUGCAAGAGGGACAGGGGAUGCGACAGGGGGAGGGGAUGAGGGAGAAAGGGAGGAUGGUGGAGGGGUGGGUGCUUUCAUGCCGAGAGUGGCUCCGGCUAUUGAUGCAGUGAGGGUGGUGGAGGGGAGGGAGGGCCGCGCUGCAGGGUAUGUGGAUGAACCGCAGAAGGGAUAG